GUUUGUCUCGAGCGGCUGUUUCAACUACUGGGCUACUAAGUGUGGCGUCUUCUGCAUCUUUGUUAGUGGUUCGAUUUUGUAGUACGGGCGUGUGUUGGUCCAAUCUACGACUUCAACAUUUCUAAACUCGGUAUUAGAAUUUAUUUUCACAGCUCACUUCUCACGAAAAAUAUCCAGAAGAUCUGUGUAUUUAUUAUUAGGUCCCACACGGCUUGUCUUUUGGGAAUAUAAUACAGCAUAUGCAAAUAAUUUUUAGGCCACCUCCCUCAAGAAAACACAGUUGUGUUUACGCUCCUCAAAGUAUGGCAAGGAAGCUUGUCGAUGCGAUGUAAGCAUAUGGACAUAUGCUCAUAUACCCAAUUCCAUCUAAUAGUUUAACCAUGCUAAACCUUACCAGCUAGUUUUGGUUUUUUGCUUUCUAUCCAUUCAACCGCAAGUACACUUUUGAGUCAGAUAUAUCUAACUCUCGUUGUUUAGUCUCAUUGUAUGUGAAACUCGACAGAUAAUGAAAUGACUGACUGAUCUCACUAGUUUCACAAGUUGUGAUAUUUCUAACGUGUGCCUAGAUCAUAAGAGGUAAUCAGUUUUCAGGCAUGGCUGCAAGUUAUUGUCUGAACCAUUCUCGACUGUUUCCUGGGAAGUUUCACACUGUUUGACUUUUAAUCAUCGAAUCUUGUACGGUGCUUGAAAAGAUAACGCUCCCUGAAAUAAAUCACUUAACUCGUUGUACCCGUCCAUGCUCAUUAGGAUUUUAUUUCGAUAACUUGUCUUGGUUCCCAUAACAGAUGAUCCUCGCCGAACUUUUCACGUGGCUUCCCUUUUAAUGGCUGUUAAUUCCGUUAUCCCAUCAGAACUACGUCAAUUAAGAGCCUGCUUAUUAUGUGGUCUAGUGAAAACUCUUAACCAAUUUCAACUAAAUGGAUGCGAAAACUGUGAGGACUUUCUAAAGAUGCAAGGAGACCGAGAAAAGGUAUACGAAUGUUCUUCUGCUAACUUUGAUGGUUUACUUGCUAUGAUGUCACCAAACGACAGUUGGGUUGCAAGAUGGCAGAUGAUUGAUAAACUUACUCCGGGUGUUUAUGCAAUCAGUGUCUACGGAUCUCUUCCUAGUGACAUAGUGCACUAUUUACGAAGCAAAGGGAUUUCUUAUCGAUCACUAGACAAAAGUGGUAAAUAGCACCUUCCUCUGCUACGUGCAUCCAGCAACUUGGACAUUGGAUGACGUCUAUUGAAUUUCUUCAGAUAAAACCCUUUCAUGAGAUAAACCUACCAGUUAUCUUCAUGUACAAAGUCUUUUCUCGAAAAAAGCAAAAUCAAACUGUAAAAAUACACUAUUCUGAAUAACCGUCUUAUGCUAUUAGCAAUUAAACCUAUGCUUAUUAGUUAAACGCAGUGUGGAAUCUGGCGCAAGCAUAAAUCGGUCCAGGUUUCCAUACUCCAUUAGCGCAGCAAGAUGGAGUUGUCAGUGCGAAUCCCGCAGUAGCAACAGUACCAGUGGAUCUAAGCGAAGAUAGUGAAUGCAUCCAUGUUUCUGUGAACGGUUCUGAGUCAUGUCAGUCAAAUUACCUAACAUUUAGUUACGAUAACCACAUGGACCCCAACUAGUUAGUCUGCAUCUACCUACACGGCUCAGUUCAACAAUCAGUCUUCAUAGACUGACGUCUGCCAGCUUCCAACCAUUCUUACGUCAGUUAACUUGAUAUUAUCAAAAUGUAAGAGAAAUGGUUGGCAACACCUGUGACCGGAUACUGGUAGUCUACGGAUACUCUCUGUUUCUAAAGCCCAUGUUUCACA